AUGACCAAGAUACCGGCUCUCUUACGCUCAUGUUAUCCAGAUACCGGAGGUUCUUCCUCAAUGGUGUCAGUGGCCAUUAAUAUCGCCGGUGCCGAGGACAAACACCCCAAGGUGUUCACUACGUCAGAUAAGAUCGAAGGAGUGGUGACUAUCACCGUGGCAGAGAAAACUGCCUUUGGCGAUAUCAAGAUCACGUUUGAAGGGAUAUCGAGGGUAAUGACCUGGGGAGGCAUCAACGGAUUACCACUUAUUAGUGCUCGUCAAACCUUCAUGAAAUUCUAUUAUCCAAUUGAGAAGAGUCCAUACCAACCAGGAUCGAUUUUAGAGCCGGGGUGGUGCUACAAGUUCCCAUUUACGUUCAUUGUGCCGGAGAACCUACCACUCACACCAUGCAAUCACCAAGUCGACGAUACAGUCAUCGCAAAUCCUCAUACCAAAGUACCUCCCUCAAUUUGCAAGGAGACAGACACAGAAUGUUUCUCUAUUGAUUACAUCGUCCGAGUGGUUAUCUCGAGGCCAUUUUACCCUAAAGACCAGCCGACAAAGAGCUUAGUCAACGCUGUUCGACCGGUGAAAAUACUGCCGUCUGGCACUAUAGGUGGCUCCAGUGGCGUUGCCAUCAAUACACUCACAUCUCACAAAGAACUGAAAAUUAGACGGGGCUGGAGGGGGAAAUGCACUGGACGCUUGGCCGUCCUAGCUUCACCUGCUGGGUGCAUACGGUAUCCCUUCCAUCAGAUUGACGCUACCGACCAGGCCAACACCUCGAUAAAACUAGACCUUGUAUAUAACCCGGUUCGAACAGGAGCCCCACCUCGUCUGCGCAAGGUGUAUCCCAGGUUGAACUUGGUAACAUCGUUCCACGCAACCCCGCGGAACGGAUAUCCGUCUUUUGGACAGAGCAAAAGCACCAAUUUACCGCAAGGAAAUCACGUUCAGUCUUUGACGCUUCCAACAGUCGAUAUUGAAUCAGCUCAAUGGGUCAAAGUAACAACACCCAGCACCGGCGUUUCAUCUUCCCGGCAGGGCUGUCUGCCAACCUUCACAGAUGAUGAAAUCUUAUAUAGAACAUCAAUCGUUGUCCCAAUCUCCGUUCCGAAGCAUGACGACCUUGUACCGAGUUUUCAAUCCUGCUUCAUUUCGCGCAUGUAUACCCUUGAAUUCAUCUUUUCUUAUUGCAUGACAAAGGAAGCUGGAAGCCGCACUGUCAAAAUCGAGGUUCCUGUUGACAUCACUUUGAGAACCGAGUAA